AUGUUGAGCCAAAUGUACCAAUUCAUGAUUGUUACCAGCUCACACACAUAUUAAUCACAUACAUUAAUCUGUAUUCAAUCUGGGUUCAGACUGACCUUGAUCUCUUCACCUGAAGUAUGCGCUUUGCAUCCAUUAAGUCGACGUGGUGUAAAACCAUCUCACAGCAUCAGCGUGAAGUGUCUAUUACCACCGUCUUAUUUCCUGUUUAUAUGGCAACUGCCUCAACAUCCUGUUUUUAAUUACUUCUCUCCAGCAGCAGAUGCUUCUCACAGCAACCUGCUGUGGAUUACUCCCCUGAGAACUAAUGUGCUGUGACAGACCCCACUUUUCCAAUCAAUAACUCGCCCUAAAUCUGCCAUCUCUCUGCCUGCCAAACACACUCCUACUUCUAAUGGCACAUCAUUUUCUUUAAGGGGGUGUAAUUGCAGACUGUGGAAAGCUGUAGCCCUUUGUGUUCCAACUACGUAGAUACUGUAAAGCAAUCUGAAAGUACAGAAACUACAGCAUGCGGGCGACACAGGAAGUGAUGGGGGCUUUACACUGUGUUCAGUCUCGCCACCAUUUCCAUCACAUUACCCUUUGAGAAAGCAUUCACUUCCCUGUUUUGGCUGCGUGCUCAGAUAAAAUUGCUGUGCGGCUUCAUAAACCUGUUGGCGUAAGCUUGUCAAGAUGGUUGUAUGAUUUCUGUGACUUCAGAACUCGAGUGGACUAAUGAGGAAUAACGUCUACAUAAUGUUCAAAAUUUCAGAAUGAAGCUGGAUCUAAACUUCUCCAACAUGUCUGUGGAGUCUGGUGCUGUUAAGCCAGAGCAGGGACCGAUGGAGUACCGCAUGGCAGGCCUGAUCUUCUACGGCUUCGUCUUCAUCAUAGGAGUCAUAGUCAAUGUCACUGCUUUAUGGGUGUUUUCUCUCACGACCAAGAAGAAGAACUCUGUCACCAUCUACAUGAUAAACGUGGCGGUGGUGGACCUCACCUUCAUCAUGCUGCUUCCAUUUAGAAUGGUCUACCACCACCAGGACUAUUGGCCCUUUGGAGACGUUUUCUGCCGAAUCAGUGCAGCUCUCACCAUCUUCUAUCCCUGCAUGGCUCUGUGGCUGUUUGCUCUGAUCAGUGCUGACCGCUACAUGGCCAUCGUUCAGCCAAAGCACAGCAAGGAGCUGAGGAAUGUCCCAAAGGCUGUGGUGGCAAGUUUGGGGGUGUGGCUCAUGACCAUGGGCAGCACCGUACCCCUGCUCUUCUCUGAGGAGGAUCCCGAUCGCAUCUCCAACUUCACCACCUGCAUCAAGAUGCAAGACAUCAUCUACAUGCGCCAUGACAACCCGGUCAACUUUGUGCGGCUCAUUUUCUUCUUCCUGGUUCCCAUAUGUAUAAUGAUUGGCUGCUAUAUUGUCAUUGUGGAUAAUCUGAUCCACGGUCGCACCUCUAAACUCAAACCUAAAGUGAAGCAAAAGUCCAUCCGGAUUAUCAUCACACUGAUUGUCCAAAUGUUGGUGUGUUUUGUGCCUUUCCAUGUGUGUUUAGUGCUUCGUUUGGUGGGGUCAGGCAAAGAUGGAGGGUUUAGCACAUGGGCGGUCUUUACCACAUUCCUGAUGAACCUGAGCACAGUGUUAGAUAUUAUUUUGUUCUACAUUGUCUCCAAGCAGUUCCAGGACAGGGUGAUCAGCGUAAUUUUGUACAGGAACUAUUUGCGAAGUGUGAGACGGAAGAGCCGACACACUCACACAGGCAGCAUCCGAUCAAUGAGCAACCUGACCAGCGCAAUUAUAUGAAAUAACCAUCAAACGUUCAUGUCAAACAGCGCACUGAUAUGUGCUGUGCACGCUUUGGAUCACAAUGUAACACUGAAUGCUUCAAUGUGCACAUGGUUCAUUAUCAAAAGGAUCUAAACUUGCAAUUAAUUUCUAAGGUGUAAUUUACACUCACAGUAUGGGAGUGCUGCUGUUGUGGCAAAAACAUCUGUGUUCAGAGCUGAUUGACUCACCCAUGAGACUUGAGAUGUUUUUGUGUGCAUCUUUGCUUCGGCAGACAAAGCACGAGUAUGUGUUGCUCAGGUGUAAUACAUGCAGGCAAAAAUACAGCUCAGAGUCAUUUAAAACAUA